GUCGAGAUAUUAUUGUGGAUAUGGAUGGCUAUAGAUUCGUGGUUCAAUGUCGAGAAGAAGCUGAUGCGUUUUUAACAGUGGUUCGAAGAGGAAAUUUUGAUUUUGGAAUUCUUGUUGGGGUCUUGGAACAAAAAAUUGCAAAAGGGGCAUAUGAUGCGGCUGAUGAGUCAGGAGGCGAUAUUAUUCAUUCGCAAAAUGAUAUUACUAAUAACAACCCUUCUAAUUUAAAUUCCGGUGCAGACCAUCAUGAAAAACCAUCACAGGAGAAAGAGAUGGAUGAGAUGCAUAAGAAAAGCGUUUGUGAUGAAAUAAGGCGACGCAAUAAGGAGAAGAAAAUUCAGCGUGAGACAGAUACACAAGAUUCGGAAAGUCAAAACAUUGAUAAAAUUAAUAGUUGCACCUCCUCAGAGUCAUCUCGCGAAAUAAAGGUCGUUGCAAAUACUUCACAAGACUAUGCUCAGAAAUGUAUUGCGAAUUCCGUUGUAGAUUCGAAAGUACCACAUGAUAUAAAAACCGUUAACGAUCAAGAUAAAUCAGCGGUAGAACCGAAUAUAGUAACCGAAUUCGUACAAGGUUUGUUGGAAGAGUUACUCACAUCUGACAGACGACUUCUGGAAUCUAUUAAGUUUUCUCCCCCCAGAACCCUAAUUCCCGGAUCAUUAAGUAUUAAGAAACUUGCUAAUUUAUUCUGCCAAUCGAUUGUUACAAGAAAAAAAUCGAUUAUAGCAAAGCGAGAAGAGAUUUCAUCUUGGGGUUGCUUCUCCGAAAGGUUUGAAGAUAAGGUUGUGGAGCUUAGAUCUGGAGAUAAGAAACUUACGGAUCAGACUGCAAGAAAACGGAUCUAUGAUGAAAUGGUGCCAUACCUCACAGAUGUUACAGAUGGAUAUUUACGUGUAAUGACCUGUAAAGCAAGAAAAAUCAAUAAGUUAUUUGGGUAUGAAUAUGAUCCUGUAACUCUGAAAAAAAAUAAAGGUAAUGUUGACUCCGGCUCUAACUCAGAUUCCGAUGAAUCAAUAGACUCGAACCACCCCCAUGACAUUCUCUUGCGUGAAGAAAUUGCUCGAUUAGAGCGAAUCUCUAAUUAUCCAGGUAAUUCAGCACCCACGCCUCAAAUGACCCCAGUUAAGGUAGAUAACUACAAUGAUGUAUACUUUGAAGAAGAGGAUUUAAAGGAGGAAGAAGUAGAAUCGAACGAAGUUAAGUCGGAUGAUGAAAAUAAUUCUGAAGAAGAGAUAGAUGAAUCGGAUAACGAUGGAUAUAGUGGAUGCGGUGGAUAUAAUGAAUAUGGUGAAUCUGAUAGAGGUUAUUAUUAUGAUUUAA